UUUCGAGAGGCUCGACCCACGUUGAUGAUAAAAAAAAAAGUUAUAGAGCUGUAACUAAGUGGUACAGUAUCAAGCAUUUUCAGCAGCACUGCAGUGCACUAAAUAGUGUGCGUAUUUGUAGACUUCUGAAGUAAACGGUACACUUAUCAUAGUAUUAAAAUUACAGUGAACUAAUUUAACCGUUAGAUACAUUUUUGUGUCCCAAAGCUGUAAAAGAAAACCAAGCUGGCUUUGCAGUUGUUCAAUCGGACUAUUAAAUGUAGCAUUUACACUAUACAUUGAAUCAACCUGUACAUUUUAUUAAAGAUAUCUGCAAAUAGUCUGCUUUCACUUCCCGGUGAAGUUCCCGCCUUCUUUACGCUGAUUGGUUAGUUUAUGAAGGAAGUACUGUAACUCCUCUCUUCAAAUGGCCAAGAGACGUCACGUGACAUGAGGAGUGCAACCAAGUGUUCUUACUGAUGUAACUAGCGUUGUUAGGGUGAAUUCUCGUCCGGUAGUAAAUAUUUACAAAGUCCAGCUUUUAAAAAGUAGUAUUUCGAAUCUGUAUUUUAUAGUCUACUUAGGUGGUAUCAGUGUUUACGGCUGUCUUUCUUAUAGCUUUCACUGCACAAGCGUGCGGAACACUUGGGGUUUUGUUCAUGUGACCGUGAUAGUACCUUGAGAGCAUGGUGACUGUAACUUUGACCAACUCUAAUGUAAUCAUUGAUUUGCCUGACAGUCUUGAAUGAAAUGAGUGGUUCAUUGAAUAGCAUUUAGUCGGACAAGAAAUCCGGACUAAAGCCAGGAUUCAGUAGCAUUCCAGAACCUCUCCAUCUGUCUCUUCCUUUUUCUUUCUUUGCCUUUCUCCUGUAUCAUCAUUUCCGGCUGAAUGCAGCAGGCAUUGCCUCGGAUUAGUAGUGUAGCUAAGAGGGUUCAGAGAAUUGGAGCCCAAAUCAUCCCAAUGGCUCAGAACUGCAAUGCAUCCACCACGCAGAAAGAUGCCGCUGUCACAGCAGCUAUUCUCAUCAUAGGAGAUGAGAUCCUCAAGGGUCACACUGUCGACACUAACAGUGCCUUCCUGUGCCGCGGACUUCGUAAGCUUGGCGUCACCGUAGAGCGAAUCACGGUGGUACCUGAUGUCCAGGAAGUAAUUGCUAAAGAAGUGGCACAGCUUUCUUCUUCUGUUACUCACCUCAUCACAUCCGGUGGCAUUGGUCCCACCCAUGACGAUGUAACUUUUGAGAGUGUUGCUAAGGCAUUUGGCGAAGGUCUGCAUGCUCACCCUGAACUGACAAAGCUAGUGGAAGGGUUUUUCGGCCCGAUCACUCCCAACAGUGCCCAGAUGAAGCUUGCCAUGGUUCCCGUUUCUGCCAAACUCAAUUUUGGCAUAGAUCCUCAGACGGGCCAGCGAAAUCGCUUCCCUCUUGUCAGUGUCCGCAACGUAUACAUAUUUCCCGGUAUCCCCUCUUUGCUGGAAAGGUCUUUCAAUGGACUUACCCAUCUGUUUUCAGGUUCUGGUACCACCUUUCACACCCGUGAGGUGUUUGUGGAUGCGGAUGAAACUGACAUCGCCCAGUGUUUAACGAAACUGCAGGCUGGUUGGGGCAAACAUGUCUCUCUGGGCUCGUACCCAGACUGGCUUAGCAAUUAUCAUCGUGUCCGAUUGGUUUUGGACUCUGACAGUGCGGAAGAGGUGGAACGAGCUAGAACUCAACUGAUAAAAGAGCUACCUGAAGGAUCUGUAGUUCCUCUCGUCACUGACCCGGUGUCGGUCGCAGCUGAAGAGGUGUACGCGCUCUCGAAAAGCGAGACGGUGCUGGGGAAGAAAGUAGCUGCAGCUUUGGGGACCAUUGAGAUGGCACUGGAUAAAUACUCGACUAAUGAAAUCUGUGUUGGCUUCAACGGGGGCAAGGACUGCACAGCUCUACUGCAUUUAUAUUAUGCUGCUCUGAAACGGCGGUAUCCAGAUAGUAAAGACAGACUGAAAGCUCUGUACAUUCGAAUUGUCUCUCCUUUUCCAGAAAUGGAGAGGUUUUUGCAGGAUACCAUCAAAAGAUAUGACCUGGAGCUGUUCUCGGUGGAGGGGAAUAUACGGCAAGCUCUACAUGAGGUUCGGGAGAGGAGGCCGGAUUUACACGCGGUUCUGAUGGGAACGAGACGGACCGACCCUUACUCGCACACACUGACACCCCUCUGUCCCACAGACCCGGGCUGGCCUGAAUACAUGAGGGUCAACCCACUGCUGGAGUGGUCAUAUCAUGACAUCUGGGCGUUCCUCAGAACCCUGUAUGUUCCCUACUGUAUUCUGUAUGACAAAGGAUACACGUCUUUAGGCAGUAUGGAUAACACAUGCAGGAAUCCAUCUCUUAAAGUGGUGGACGAGAGAGGUGUGACUCGCUACAGACCUGCCUACAAACUGGAAAAUGAAGAGGAGGAGCGCAACUCAAGGGCAUGACUGAUUUCUUAAAAUCUAUUUUUUUAAAAGUCACAGUGGAUGACAGAAGGAACUGAAUCUGAGAUAUCAGAAACAGAUCUUGACCUGUAGUUUGUGUACUGUAGUGUCUGUUUAUGAAUGUGGUUGUGCGGAAAGCGAGAAAUGUCACUGUAUGCUGUAUUUCUAUUAAAACAGUAUGAAAGUGUUUUAUUUCAUA